UUCCAAACGAGCGAGAGUAAAAGCAGACGACAAAACGAGCGCCAUAUUGAAAAUUUUUUUUUUAGUUUGCAUUAAUUAAGAAUUAUUAUAAUAUUUUCGACGCUGGAACAUUUCCGAAAGCGUAUAACAAUGUUAAACAGAAUAAUGCCAGAAGUAAAUGAAUAAAUGUUGUUAAAUACGGGUUAAGACAACAUCGAUAAAAUAUUAUAUAAGGAUUAGAUUAAGCUUAUAAACACUUUUAUCCGGAUUACAUUGGAUUGACAUAAGCAGAGUUUGAGGAAGCCAAUAUGGCGCUGCCCGUAGUAAGCAAGAUGAAAUUGUUUUGUAGUUUAAAUAAAAUUGGAAUGCGUUUCCUUUCCACUUCUAAUGCUUUACGAUUAAAAGAGAUUGUACAUACAGAACAGGAAAACAUGACAGUAAUCGAAGCAGUAAAAGUAAAAUCGCCGAGAGAAGGUAAAGUUUUGAAGGCCAUGACCGAUUCCAAAGCGUGCCCAUUAUGUAAAUUAGGAUUAAAAAAUAUCAAGCAUACAGAUGUGUUGAUCUUGAGCCAAUUCAUUGCGUCGGACGGAUCCGUACUUCCACCUAAAGUGACAGGAUUAUGCGGGCGACAGCAUCGAAAAAUUUGCAUUCUAGUCAACCAGGCGCAGAAAGCAGGUCUCAUGCCGACACCCGUUGUAGAAUCGAAAGAACCGUGGGAAUUAAAUAACAUUUACUUCAAAACUGCUCUUUAAUUAAUAUUUUUAGCCCUUUAUUAUUGUAAUUUGUUGUUUGUACAUUAAAUUAUUUACCUUAUUUUAUUUCA